UCGGCUGCUUCCUGUAUGUGAGCAGGUGAGACACACCUGAGGAGGUGAACAGAGAAGGCAGAGAAACAACAGAGCAGACACAUUUUAUUCUGAGCGCUUUCUCUGUUUAAUGAUUUCAAGUUUUUAGUAACGACUGAACGGAAAACGCUUCCGGUUCUACUGUUGACGCUUGAAACUUUCAGAGCGGAGCGGUGAGACGCGUCAGGAGGCGGUGAACUGUUUUCUUCCUGCUACGUUCACUGUGACUGCAGCUGAAAAUGCCUCCAUCUUCCUCUUCCUCCCCCCUGCUGCCUCUACUCCUCCUCCUCCCCCUUUUGUGGCCCGCCGCAGCGGCGGAGAACGCGGACUGCCGCGGCAUUUUCCGCGCCGGUCAGGAGAACUUCGUGCUGGACACGGAGGACGCGGUGAGGGAGGGAGCGGCUCUGCUGGCCACCGCGCAUGUGCGCUCCGCGGAGGACUGUGAGCGCGCGUGCUGCGAGGACCCGCGCUGCAACCAGGUGCUGCUGGAGCCGCGCGGAACCGGAGCGGCAGCGGCAGCGGCAGAGAACCACACCUGCGUCCUGUUCAACUGCGUCCACAGAAACCGCUUCGUGUGCAGGUUCGUGAACAAGGCCGGAUACCGGAGCUACGUCAGAGAGUCCGUGUUCGUAAAAUACCUGCAGGGACCAGGUGAGCAGACUCCGCCCAUCGCCAUCCCGGGUCGUGAUGUCAUCACUCAGCCUGGACAGACUGUGACGCUCAACGGCAUCGAGAGCCUGGCACUGGGCGACGCCCAUAUCACCGACUACCAGUGGGCUCAGCAGCACGGAGAUGACGGCGUCAAGAUGGAGAAGACCGACAUACCUGACCAGGUGAGACUCUCCAACCUGCAGCCGGGCUCCUACGUCUUCCAGCUGACUGUCACCGACUCCAAGGACCAAUCACACUCGGCCAAGGUCACCGUCGUCGUCCUCAGCCCCGAGCUGUCCACCUUGUACUGUCGAGCUCCGCUGAAGGUCGGCCCAUGUCGUGCUUCGUUUCCUCGUUGGCGUUACGACGCUGCAACGGGCGGCUGUGAGCAGUUUGUGUACGGAGGCUGUAAAGCAAACAACAACAACUUCCUGUCAGAGAAAGAGUGUUUGUCUGCCUGCAGCGGAGUCACAGUAACAUCAGAGAGGAGCGUCGCUCUGCCCUCUGCUGAGGUGUGUGGGUUGGCAUCAUGUCAUUCCAAUCAGAUGACCUGCGGCAGCGGCUGCUGUCUAGACAGAAGUCUGGAGUGUGAUGGUGUGAAGCAAUGCAGCGACGGAUCAGACGAGGACCACUGCAGCAAACUGAACCAGACCUUCACCCGCCUGCUGAACAUUGACGUGAACCAGAAGGAAGCUCGGUGCUCAGAGCCCCCCCACACCGGCCCAUGUCGGGCGAGUUUCACCCGUUGGUACUACGACCCUCUGAACAGGAAGUGCUACCGCUUCACCUUCGGCGGCUGUGACGCCAACGGAAACAACUUUGAGGCCGAAAAAAAGUGCAGCGAGACCUGCGACGGAGUGACUGAGCAGAACGUGUUCUUCAGAGGGAUGUUUGAACGCUUUGAGACGGAGGAUGAAAGUGACUCCGGUAACAUCGCGCUGGCUGUUCUUCUGUCAGUGGCCAUCUUGGCUCUGCUGGCGAUCCUCACCUACUGCUUCCUCAAGUCCAGGAAGGAGCGCUCCCAUAUGCCCGUCCCCCCAGGCCCCGCCCACGUGGCGCUGUCAGAGGAGGACGGGCUCGUUUACAACAGCACCACCAAACCUGUAUGACAUCAUCAGCACUGUCACCAUGGCAACACCGUCAGCUGCUGCCUGGCGCGUUGGUUGGUUUCUGUUUCUGCUGUUUUUCAGGUGAACGACACCUUUGUGGGUCUUUGUCCGGAUUGAAACAUCUCAACAGCUCUGAUGGAUCGUGACGGCCGCUCGUGCUCCCCUCAGGAUGAACUGGAAUAACUUUAUUGAUCCUCUGACGUUUCAUCAGCGCCACCAUCAGGUCAACAGUUUGAUUCGUCCAGCGCUUUGCUUCAUGAGCGAACACCUGCAGAACUAAUGACGCUCCUAUCAGCCUCAGCUGGACUUACUAUACUGCUAAUUAGCUAAUGUUAGCAUGCUAACAUGCUGAGCUAACAUGGUGGUAAACAUCAGCAUGUUAGUGUCGUCACUGAGCGCACAUUAGCAUGCUGAUGUUAGCAUUAAGCUCAAAGUUGUUUUCUGCCUUCUCUUCUUGUUUUGUUUUUCUGCAGUUUUUGGUUGUUUCUGCUUGUUUUUAUUGUUUUCCUGCAGUUUCCUGAUGUUUUCUGUUGAUUUAAGUUUUUUUGUUGAAAGGAUGUUCCUGGAUUAUCAUCAGUCAGUCACAGUGUCGGGGAAAGUCUUCAUAAAACCAGCCAAGUUGAUUUUUUUAAUGUAAGCCUCACCAGCAUCUCUGUAGUUUGUGUUUUGUUCCCACAUCAAUCACGUUCGUUAACUCCAUACAUGAGUCUGUGUUUAAUAUAUUUAUGAAUUGUGUGUGUUUGGGUGUUUUUAGAAAAAGAGAAACAUGUAAAUGUUUGUUUGACUGUAAAUAUGAAGCUAUGUCAGAUAUGUUCUCUUAAGCAUCUCAGGUCGUUAAUAUCUGCCGUCAUCAUGUUUUUAAUGUUUUUAAUCUGCAGUUUGUCAAUAAAGUCACGUGGGAACAAG